GAAAACUGAAUAUGCUACCGUAUCUUCCGCGGUGUUUUUAAGUGUGUUGCCAAAGUAAUGAUUGAUUCGUUUUUCGAUGAUUCCUCAAUAAAAAACGAACUUAACAAUGACUUUUCUACCAACUGUUACUCCACUGUUGAUCUCCAGUCUGAUUUCUCACUUGAUAAUGUGGAAAUAUAUCCAGAAAUACCUAAUAAUGAUUCUUAUGGUGCUCUAUUUCUGAUGGACUCUGCGGACCUUUUAGAUGUACGUGAAGAAGUUAUUGGUGAAGAACAUUUCGCGUCAAAUGUUGAUCAACCACAAUACAUGGAAGGACUUUCAAGGAGGUUUGGACUAUUCUCUGCCAAGAGUUCACGAAUCAGUACCAGUCAUAAAGAUAAAGGUAUGUAUCUGUUUUAACACUAUCUUCUAAUAAAAAACCCAUUGCAAUGUCCAUGUAGGACGUUAAAUUAAUUUAUAAAUCCUUGGUCCGUCAUUAAAUAGUGGUUGAACAUGUUUGUGUAACUGAUGGCUUUUUGAUGCCUAUAUUAGUGCACGCGGAUCCAUAUUUCGGACCUGUACUUUGAAGACUGAAGACUGAUAUGAGUUCUUCUCGAGCAAGCUUUUACGUACUCCUGGUGUUUUAGGCAAGUUAGCUGAAGGUGCGGACACUACCUCCUCCUGGAGCUGACUACUCGGCAAGAGGACCUGUAUGUCAGUAUAUCAGUCAGUCAGUCAGCUACAACGUAGGACCAGGCGCAUAUAUGCAUCGGUCCAGGUUUCCAUACCUCAUUAACACAACAAGAUGGACACCGGAUUCAUAAAAGUAGUUAAUUCAGAUGUGGUAAUAUAUAAAAGAAAGAUUGCAAUGAGGAUAUAGUACAGGAAGAAAGAAUUAGUUCGUAGAAAGAAAGAUAUGAAGUGAUUUUAAUCUCUUAGUUUAAGGGAAGACAGGGAGUGUAUACACCGACGCCAUUGUGACCGAUUCUGAGCCAUGUCACCAAGAGUCUCCAACCAUUGGUUACGACAGUCACGCGGACCCCAACCAAGUAGUCUGCAUCUACCAACAUGGCUCAGACUAGAAGUUAGUGACUUCAAGCACUGAUGCCACGUUUUGGUUUGGCCGCCCCUAACUUUCUUCCAACCAUCCCGAACACCGGUUAGCGUUACACGUCGUGGUAAUCGGUGUUCAGGCAUACGUAACACGUGGCCCAACCAUCUCAGUAGAUGAAGAUUCACAACAUCAUCAACUGAUUUACCAUCAUUCCCUAAUACCCUGCGUCUAAUCUGGCUAUUACUUACCCGGUGAUCCCAGCAGACGCCAGCAAUAUUUCAAAGGCAUCUGUGGUCAAAUACUAGUAGCUUACGAGUGUCUUCUACUCUUAAAGGCCAUGUUUCGCUGCCGUAAAGUAGAACAGAACAGACUGCCGCGCAGUUUACUCGUCCUUUUAUUUAUAAACGGAUAUCUCGCCUUCGCCAUAGGUGACGCAAGUUGGCAAAAGCCAAGCGAGCUUUUCGAAUCCGUGCUGAGAUUUCGUCAGACACCAACCCAUUAGGGCUGAUCAGACUUCCAAGGUAAGUGAAGUUGCCAACGCGUUCGACUACUUCACUCCCUAUCCUUAGUUCAGGUGUUGAGGCAGACCAGUCCUGAAGCAACAACUUGCAUUUAGAGGGAGAGAAGCGCAUUCCAAACAUUCUGGCAUUGUUGCUUAGUGCUACCAAAAGACUCUGCAUUUUAUCAGCGUCUUCACCAAACAGGACUAUGUCAUCUGCGUAUUCUAAGUCGAUAAGUGGACCCAGGUAGAUAGCUUAAAUCAAUCAAAAAGACAGGUGCCUAUUUUAAUAUUCCGGCUUAGUGAACAGAUAAUGAUGAUCAACUGCUGCAACUGUGCUCAGACAAUCGUUUAUUUUUAGCAAACACCAAUUUUAAGAAUAAGGAGAAACAUCGUCUAACAUGGUUACUCCUACACCAAACUAACGAUGAACUCGACCAUAUUGCCAUCAAUCAUCGUUGGAGAGGCCCGACAGAAGACUGUCGCUUGUUCUGGAUUACCUGUUUGGAUCAUGCUCUAAUAAGAGUACGCAUGUGCUUGCGCCUCGCUGGAUGCAGAAAAACCACAUUAAGAAGAUCCAUUAGAGUCGAACUCAGUGACGAGGAAGCCAAAAGUAGACUCCAGGAAUAGCUGAGGUCACACUUAGGUAGUUCUGAAAACGAGGCUGCCCCAGGUGUUGCUUGAAAAGAUAUAUGAACAGCUGUGGAGACAACAGCGACAUCUAUUAGUGAUUUAAACCCGAUGGAUUCUUACUAAGUCUAUUACACCGAUAGAUUCUCGUAAACUCAUCCCAUCAGGCUCUGAACACGAUGAAGAGCGAAAACAAAUCAGAUCUAGGUUAAGCAAAAGUCUAAGGAAUGACCGUGAACAGUGGUGGGCAACAAAAGCAAAAGAAAUGAAAAAGGCGGCAGCUGUAGGUAACUUAAGACAGCUCUACAGACCAACAAAAGAAACUGGAAUUAAUAAGUCAAAUGUAAGUGAGACUAUCUCGGAAAAAGACGACACUCAUAUCUGCUCUCAGUUCAGUUGACUGAUUGACCUUUUAACCCUGUGAUUACGCUUCCGACUUAAUGAGAUUGUAAAUCACAGUCUAGUUCUUUUCUCAAAUUACUCCGAAAAUAUUUCCAGAGUAAGAUUAGCCAGAUAUUCACGUUCACAUAACAGUACUCCAGUUCAUUCUGUUUAUCACCAACCAUUUUCUAAUUCUCCAGACUUAGAUUUCUAUUAUCAUAUCGACAUGGUACUUCGGUUUUCAUAGAGAACGUUAGUAACAGACUGCUGCCCAGAGUCAACAUGGAAUAUGUAGGAUUUGAUUCCCCUACAGAUGAAUUUUCUGAUAAGUUCCUAGACUUUCAUAGUCUUGGCACGACCAAAGUCGAAACAAGUAAGUUGUUUGGUUUGUAACACUUAAAUCCGUUUCUGGAACAUAAAUUAAUAUAGUUAGUGCAUAAACAGAAAUCAGUUCAAUCCGUUAAAAGGAGAAAAUGAAGAGACAAAAAUAUCACGUACUAAUUAGUCACUAGAGCCCAGCAAAUAAGUCAAUAAGGUUUGUGAUCGGGAAACAAGCGUAGUCACACCAAAGUCAGAACUAAUCGAAGUAGUGGGCGUUUGAGAGCACCAUCGGUGAGUUUGUUUUUCGGUCACACUAAACCGUACCAAUUAAUGAGUUUGCUCAUUUGUUGUACAGGGAACUACCUGCUUAAUUGACAUAGAUUAAGGCCGAUUUCUGUCUUACAGAUUUCUUUCUUUCUUGUUCUCUCCUAACUUUGAACGUGGUGUUAUUUUACAGAUUUUUUGUCCAGUUUCUUCCCAUUUAAACUAGAUUUCCUAUAGUUAGGUCCACACGACAAUUGGCAUUAUGAUUCUUUUCUCAACAAUAAUAUAAACUGCGACCAUUGCCCUAGGAGCAUACUUGUCCCAGAUCCUGUAUUGUUUGUCAGACGUUAUUAGGCCUCAUUAGUUACCUAGUGUUGGUGUUAUUUACACUCAGCAUCACAAAUGGUCCAAGAUAAUCAUCGAACUUAUCUCUGAGUAAUCGUUAUUGAUAGAUCAAAUGUAAGACUUAUGAAAGUUUAUAAAUCUGAACUGUCACAACAUAACGAAUUUUACAGAACUAUAGAAAGUAUAAAUACUGGCUUAAUUAGUGUAAAAUUUAAUCACGUAAAUUUUAGUUUUGUCAACACUUAGACUGAAUAAAACAUAGACAGCUCAGCUCCUUUCAAUAGUUCUUUGACGAUAAGUGCAGAUGUAGCCUCCUGUUUCUGUGAUUUUCCAUGUCAUAUGCAGUUCGCGAUUAUCGUCUGUCGACUUGUUUAGAAGUCUUAAACAUUCAUAAAUCAACUGUUUGGGUUUGCUUAAUAUUUCCUGGUUCUUAAGUUAGUGUUGAGUCGCGAUAAUAUUUUCAGGCGCAAUUUUUUCUUCAUCUGGUUUUGUAUCAUUUUGUAUAUCAUUAUUAUUAUUUAAACACAUAAACGUUGGUACAAGGAGGCACCAAAUACAUAUGCGCCACAUAAAUCAUUCGAUUUAUGUCAGGGCUGGGAUACUGUCCGGGUGCCCAGACCGAACCAGGUGGUUUUCUUAGGGUGCGACACCCCGAGCAUUUGACCUAGAGGUCUGAUCCACAAGGCAGUUUAGCAACGUUAGGAGAUACGGUCUCAUAGUAGUCGGUGACCAAUAGUUGGUUCGCACGCCGUUUGUUCCUUCAGGAUCCCGGAGCUCAUGUGCACCAUUGGUUUGGAAUCAGGGUUUCCCAACUCCCUUAGGUGAAUCCACCAACCCGGUUAAAGCACCGGACACUCGCUUUUCGUUUUCUCAUUUUCGUAAACAACACCCGUGGUGCGAGAAGGCAGUGAGUAGGACUUUCAUGGCAGUGGUUGUAUGCACGUGGCCAUGUGAGAGCAUUUCGAGAGGGAGAGAUGACCCUCCACACUCAGCUUAACGAGGGCAUUUGGAGUCAUCUUUUUGUGUAUCAACUAUUAUUUCGCUUUAGUUUAUUAUAUAUUUUUUGUUUGUUUGUAGGUAGUAAGGAACACGAUGUUUUCCAUGAUAAAAAUUCUUUUUCCGAUGAACAGAAGCAUAGUAAAUGUUCGUGGAAUGAUGGAUCUGAUGAGAUAACCGAUAAAGCCUAUUUAUGUAACCCCGAUAGUCCAUUAUCGAUCCCUAAUGACAUCGGAGUAACUUCAUCAAAUAGUAUAGAUGAAGUGUUUGACAAAGAUCAUGUAACCAGUCACGAUAUCAUUGAUGGUGACGAUGUUUCUUUGGAGAGGCUUUCCGAUCUUCAUAUUCCAUUACCAUUAUUUCACACUGAAUCUAAUUAUUCAGAUUCUUCACAGAUAAAUCCUUCCGAUUCAGAAGUGGAUGCAUGCAGUUUGUUUUCGUCAAAUAACUGUGCUACAAAUCAAUCUGAUGAUUAUGUCCAAAUAAAACAUCUUAGAUCGACUGACUCAUCUAAUUUAAACUCAAAUGAAUCUGCGACUAAAAUCCCUACCUCGGUACCUGUAUCGUCAUUAUCUUCUGCAAAAACAACUGAAAUAAUACGACUACCAUCUCAUGUUAACCAUCUAACCACAACAGUUAACCCGAACUAUCCAUCUAGGCCAAUAUCAGCUUGUCUUUCUUUAAAGUCGAAAUAUCGCCGUUGUGGACAAAUAACACUGAAAUCAGGUGCAUCCAUCCUUCGUACGAAAAGUUCAUUUAAUGAAUUAAAGCCAUGCUUUAAACCAGCAUUCACUUCUACACGUUUUGCUCAUUGCGGGUUUCUAGCUGCUUCUCGUUUUCCCGGAUCAAUAAAAGAAUCAGCAGGUAGUCCAACUUGGUUUCCGAAAGUUGCAUUCGUUAACUCUAACACACCACUCACUCUUAGAAAACCAGCUAUUGUGAUUGCCUCAUCAUAUCCCAAUUCUAGAUCAGAUGCCACAUAUCUGAAAAGUGAAGGAAUAAAUUUUAUGACACAUUCUUCCGUUAUGCAAUCAACAGAUUUACAAUCUUCUCUUUUAUACAGUCAAAAUGGAUUUUAUAUUUCUACAAUGCAUCAUAAUUCAUUAGGAGGCAAUAAUCCCGGUGAUUUAGCAUCAGUUGUAACCGCUACAAUCCCAUCUGAUUUCACAUCAAAUCGUACUGUAUUCUGCCCUCAUCUUGGUUGUGGGAAAACAUUUCGAGAUACAGCUGCAAUGCGUAAGCAUUUACAUACCCAUGGUCCACGCGUUCAUAUCUGUGCAGAAUGUGGUAAAGCGUUUGUUGAAUCAAGCAAAUUGAAACGUCAUCAACUUGUUCAUACUGGGGAAAAGCCUUAUCAAUGCGCAUUUGAUGGUUGUGGUAAACGUUUUUCUUUGGAUUUCAAUCUACGUACUCAUUUACGUAUUCAUACUGGGGAUCGACCGUAUCCGUGUCCACAACCUGGCUGUAGUAAACGUUUUGCUCAGUCGACAAAUUUAAAAUCACAUUUAGCAACACAUAGUAAAAUUCGAGCUACUCAUCAAUCAAGUUUUAUGAAUAGACAUCAUUUAAAUUCUACUGUGAAUGGUAGUGGUGGUGGUUCAGUUCUGCUACGCCCUGCUGCUGCUCAUCCUAAUCAUACACAUGAUCAACCUAUUCCAAUUUCAUUAAGCAGUUCUAUUUUACAAUCCCCAAUGAAUUUUUCCACUAUAAUUCCCAUAGGAUCUAAAGAUAUAAACGUUCGUAAUCGAUGUGUCAAUAGAUUCAAGUCAAAUUUAAGUUCUUUAUUUCAAGAGGUUCAUUUAGAUAACUCUCGAUUACAGUAAGUAAUAUAUGUAUGUAUAUAUGAUUAUUUUGUUGGGUUCAUAUGAGUAAUCGGCAGGAAAUCCCGAACCCGGGUUUCGUUCUAGCUUGGUAGUAAUGUCUCAAACUGUGACAUAGGUUUAAAUCUCAUAGGGAGCAUUAGUGACUUCGUAGUCCUAGGUAUGUUUUGGUGACGAGUGCCAAAUAGCACAAAACCUAGGUCGAGAAUUUCCUACUGGGUACUUUAGACCAUUUAACAUCUCAACAUAAUACUUGCGCUAUCGAGUCCCUUAAAUUGGUGACCACAUUUCAAUUUUAUCUAUAGAUUUCAUUCAGCAUUGAAGGCCUAGACAAACAUAACACUAAUCACUGUUCAGUGAUCACUUACAAUAGCUUAAUUAUUAGAGUGCUUGAUGUUCAAUUAUUAAGUUACUGAUUCAAAUCUUUUAUCUACUUCAUGUUGCUUGGUCAUACACACGCACACAUUGUAACUCUAAGUCAAAUACAUAUACUUGUAUUUAGUUAGUGAGUUGCGUUUCAUUCAGAUUGAUAAAACUAACACUUCAUUCUGCUGAUUAGCUAGUCAUUGUCUACAAUUUGGUCUUGAACUUUCUAUAAACACUACUAUUGGAUGCAAAACAAAAUUAAAAUAUUUCUUGUGUACUAGGCUAUGUAAUAAAAAUCAUAUUUUAACUGAACCUAAAUGUAAUAGAAACUGACAUAAGUUUUCAUACUUUUAAAUAACACAAAUUCCCACUGGAAAUACUUCCGACCACCCAUAACCUGUCACAAAUAUCCGUUAGCAUAAUUUGCUAUAUCUAAUAAGCAAAAUAAAAUGAAAUGAGCAAUAUAAAUAGCAAUAGAGUCAGAUCAAUACCAAAAAGAAGGAAUGCGUUCGCCAAGUAAAAUCGUUUUUAAACUCAAGGUUUAAAGGAAAAUACAGUGAAUUCAUCUGCGCCACAGUGAUAGUUUCUGAGCUAGGUCAGUCAACGUCUCCAACCGACUAAUCGUGUUUAUCUCACAGAUUCCAACCAGUUAAUCUGCAUCCAUCAGCACAGCUCAAACUAAUGGUCAGUUACUUCAUGGACUGAUGCUACUUUUUUAUUUGGCCGCCCUUAACUUUCAGUUCACUCUUACUCUAACCAGUGUUGCGCUCAAUGUGUUAACGUCUCUUUCUAUGGUACAUAGAUUCGAAUUUCAUAGAGAGAAUCUCAGUUCCAAUUUGCACGAAGUCUAGAUCACCUAGUAUCACAGUAACUAACAAUAAAGUAAUGAGAAGUAUUGAAAAACGUACACAUUAAUCAUCUUCAAGCACGAUAAUUUGAGUUGUCUUAUCCUAUGGAACAUUCAAGACCAAAAGCAAACACUCCCCUACUUAUAUUAAGGUAGUUAUCAGCAAACCCUAACCUUAUGUAUCAUGCUAGUUGGCACUUAUCAGGAAGAGAUAAUUACAAUCUUCAGAGGGCUGAUGCUCCCUGUGGGAUUCAGACUCGCAUAAUCUGGCCUCAUGGUGUGAGACGUUACCACAACUGUUCAGUCCACUACUGGACUUCCUUUGGACUGAAAUAUUUACAUAAAUGUGUCUUUUAGCCCAAUCAUAGGGAUAAUUUGGUGUAUUUUAGUCAAGUUUAAAUUUUUUCAUUGGUAAUACGGUAAAGGUUGUUAUGUGAUGACUACCCCCCAGUUGAUUUGGAUGGUCAUUUUCUGUCAAAGUAAAUAAUAAAUGUAAGUUACGAAAUAAUCGUAUUGAUGGUUAAUACGAAAUAUGCUAAAUUUUCCAAGUAAUAUACUGAUUUUAAAUAAUCAGGUAAUCUCGGCACUCAAAUGUUCCUCUUUCACACAGUAAGCGUUUUUUUCUCUUAAGGGAUUACAACUAUGGGAUUAUUCGAUGUAUCCACUUGUUAAUCGUUUGAUCAUGUAUUUUUCAAGACUUGUGAUAUGUUUUAUAUUCAACCCUAAUCAGUCGACCAUGGUUGAUGAUUAUCUGCGAUAAUAUUGUUAAUUUUUAUGCGUACACAUACGGUUGAUGAAUACGGAGAACGUAAAAGAAAACUUAGGUCUCGUAAAUCUUUGAACCAAUUGAAUUCAAAUUAGCAGUCCAAGAUUUUAUCAUAUGCAUGCUUCCUUGUUAGAUUUUGAACGUUAAUUUGUCACAUGUGAUUGAAUGAUAAUAAUGUUUUAUAAGUGAUAUGUCUCGAAUUUAGUCAUAGUGGCACAGGUGUAAUCAUUGUUUCACUCCAUCUGUUCGACGCUUAUAUUUUUUAUUAUCAUCAAUACUACUAAUAUUUUUUCUAACUUAUUCGAUAUUCAUCUGUUUAAUAUUUGCUCUUACUAUGUGGAUAUAAAAUUCGGAAACUAGCCAAUGGAUAUUUAUGCUGAAGUUUACUUUAUGUUACGACUGAUUGAGUUAACUACUAGGUGAGAUGGGAUUUCGGAUCAUUUCUUAAUUUAAUCAAGUUCACUCGUUUGUAAAUCAAUAGCUUGAACCCUGUUUAUACAUUAAGACUCGCUUUCGUCUCCAGUCAGUUUCCUAGAAUAUUAGUGAGUAGUAAUAGUCAUAAUAUUCAUCACAUAACUUUUAUACAUGAUAUUUUUCUCUUCUAGUACUUCAUCACUACUGAAUAUUAAUAAUGCUUUGUCUAUCCCCACAUCAAGUCCAGAUCAGUGCGAACCAACAGAUAUCAGCCCACUAUCUCCAUUGGAUUUGACUUCUUCCUCGACAGAAUCCAACAGUUCUACAUUGUCAUCUCAAAGUGCCACAACUCACAUAAAGCAUAACAUUUCAUCUUCUAGAUCGGUGAUUUCAAAAGCACAACAACUAUCCACUAAUACAAUCGAAAGUCAAUUAACUGAUUUCACCAAUUCCACCACUACCAAUGAUGCUGUGCGAUUGUUUGAAAAUCAUUCUUUAGAAUGUCCUAUAAAUUUAGACCAUGAAAAAAUUGAUCUCAAUGUUGGGGUUACACAACCUAUGAUUAAUAAAACUGAUGAAGAUUUUUCUAAUAAUUCACAUGUGAAUAUUGAUGACAUUUAUUACCAGUCAUCUUUUAUCAAAUCUGAAUCCGAUAUUACUGUUAAUAAUUCAAUCCCACCAAUACAAAAUUGUAAAACAACAAGACGCUCAAGAAAAUGUUUAAGUAUAACUAAACGAUCUGAAUCGCCUAAUUUUGGAGAUUUUCUAAAAACUCAAGAUGAUAUAAGUUUUACUGACGAGGAUGCUUUAAAAAAACAUCAUUUUUACCUUAAUAGUGGUAAUGAUCAUUUGUCGUCUAACAAUAAGACAACAUCAUUGAAAUCAUCAUAUCGGCGUCGUCGUCGACGACAUUGUAAAUCAAAAUCAGAUAGUAAUAAAUAUAUCUGUAAAACAUCAUCAUCAUCACGUUCUAAUAGUAAUGUGCUCAUUACAUCAUCACAUUAUGGUACUCGUUCGAAAUCUCGUGAAUCCUUUGAUAAAAUAUUACCUAAUCAUCAACGCGGUCGUCGUCGUUGUACAUUAAAAACAUGUGCCAAACGCCGUUUUCGUCCGUAAAAUAUAGAUUUGUUUUGAUGGACGGAUUCUACCUCUUUCUUGUUCUCUCAUCAUCACGAAAACAAGCACACAGGCCCC